AUGGCUCUUCUCCAUGAGUUCAAUGGCAAUAUUUUUCUUCUCUUGUUUGCUGCAACUUUACGAUACCAUACUGGGAGAGUUGGGUCAAUCUCUUCCGGAUCCUGCGGGCCGGGCCGGACGGAGACUGGAUGCACCCUGGCAAAAGCCAACAGCCACGUGGAGCACAUGCAAAGGGACACAACGAAAACCUUUUAUCUGGAUGCUAAAAGUCUUGGAGUUGAUGGGGGCAGAACGUUGCAAAGUUGGCACCCUGGUGCAGGAACCUCCGUCCCGGCCAGGAGGCUCGGAGCUUGGGCCGCAGAAUGGGCCGCUCCGGACACAGCGGGGUCUGCCGUUACCGGGAUGCCGGUGGUGGGCCCGUAUCGGAGGAACCCUUGGCAUGUUUGGGGGCGCAAAGCCUUGCUGCGGCUUAUUCGAUAUCUGAGCAUUCGGUCUGUUGGAGUUUUGAGACGUGCCCGAGGAUAUGUCGCUAUCAGGAGCACAGUGUUGGGUGAUGGGGUUGGGGCCGAGAUAGAAUGUGCGCCACGGGUAAAUUCGCUUCGGUGGCACGUGGAAAUAGACCAGACGUAA